GCCUUCGUCCCAGACACACACCAACUCCAAAUACAAAUUACAAGCUCAGAAACCCAGAAAAUUGUUCCUUCGAUCUAGAAAAUUCAUCUGUUGUGCGAGAAUUAGUACUCGAAAUGAAGUUGCUCGGAUUGAUUGGAAGCCUUAGCAGCAUAUGGCUGGUCUUGGCCAUAUCAGCGGUUGUAGCUCAGCCAUCAUCCUCUCCCGCUCCUGUUCUUGACAGUGAGGGAAGUCCUCUCCAAAGCGGUGUAGAAUACUACAUCAAUCCCGCUAUUACCGACGUUGGCGGCCGCUUAACCUUGAUUAAGCGCAAUGACCCAUGCCCAUUGUACGUUGGUCAAGAAAAUAGUUCAGUUUCGGAUGGCCUCCCUGUUAUCUUUACGCCUUUCUUCGAGGGAGAGACGGUGAUCAGGGAGAACAGGGACUUGAGGAUUGUAUUCUCUGCGUCCUCAACCUGUGUGCAGUCAACUGCAUGGAAGCUUGGCGAGAGAGACCCUGAGAGCCAAAGGAGAUUGAUUGUCACCGGAGAAGACGAAAGCAGGCUAAGCACUGGCAAUUACUUCAGGAUAGAGAAAGCUGCUGUCGGAGACAAUAUCUACCAGAUUUCAUGGUGUCCGACGGAUGUUUGCCCCAUUUGUAGGUUUGAUUGUGGGACUGGUGGUGGUUUGGAUGAGAAUGGUAAGAUUCUGUUCGCAUUGGAUGGAAACGUGCUUCCCGUUAUAUUUGAGAGGAGGGCUUGAAUGUGUUAGUGCUUCCUUAUAAUGGAUACUAAAUAAUGCUCAGCCAUACCUAUUUUAAUUUUAACUUCAACUUGGUUGAAAUAAUAUUGUAACAAUUAUAUAUGUAUUCGAAAUAAAAGGGAUCUCAAUCUCAUGUUAUGACUC